CAGAGACCCCAGGGGGAAAAAAAAGUGUAUUUCAGGAAAUAAAAAUCAGAAGAAGCAGCUGCUGACAUAGAGAGGUGCACUAAGGAUAAUUUCUUGUGGAAAAUUUUUUAAGAUGUGGUGAAGAGCCUGUAUUUUCUCCUGUGUGGUAUAUAGUGCCUUAAAAAAUGGGGUUUGGAGGUGACCUGAAGUACUCUCAUGAUGCUUUAUUAAAACUGCAAGACUGGGAACUACGACUGCUGGAAACAGUGAAGAAGUUUAUGGUAAUGCGAGUAAAAAGUGAUAAGGAGUAUGCCUCCACUUUACAGAAUCUUUGUAAUCAAGUAGAUAAGGAGAGCACUUGUCAAUUGGAUUAUAUCAGCAAUGUGUCCAAGUCUUGGUUGCUCGUGGUACAGCAAACAGAACAGCUGAGCAAAAUAAUGAAGACACAUGCAGAGGAUCUUAAUUCUGGGCCUUUGCAUAGGCUUACAAUGAUGAUCAAAGAUAAGCAGCAAGUUAAGAAGAGUUAUGUAGGUGUUCAUCAACAAAUUGAAGCAGAGAUGUACAAGGUCACAAAGACAGAACUAGAGAAACUAAAAUCUAGCUAUAGACAACUAAUAAAAGAAGUAAAUUCUGCGAAAGAAAAGUAUAAAGAAGCUGUGGCUAAAGGAAAGGAGACUGAGAAGGCUAAAGAUCGGUGUGAUAAAGCUACUAUGAAGCUUCAUAUGUUGCAUAAUCAGUAUGUGUUGGCACUGAAAGGAGCACAGUUACAUCAACACCAAUAUUAUGAUACUACACUUCCUCUGUUACUUGAUUCACUACAGAAGAUGCAAGAAGAAAUGAUUAAAGCCCUAAAAGGAAUCUUGGAUGAGUAUAGCCAGAUCACCAGUCUUGUAACAGAGGAGAUUGUGAAUGUCCAUAAAGAGAUCCAGACCUCGGUUGAACAGAUAGACCCUAAUUCUGAGUAUAAUGACUUCAUAGAUACUCACAGGUCAUCAGAAGUUGUUGAACAAGAAAUAGAGUUUGAUACGUCCUUACUAGAAGAAAAUGAAAACCUGCAAGCUAAUGAGAUCAUGUGGAAUAAUCUAACAGCAGAAGGUUUACAAGUCAUGUUAAAAACAGUAAUAGAAGAACUGAUCCAGACACAGCAAACCCUUUUGAGCAAAGAGGAACUUGUGUUGGAACUGGAGAAAAAGAUAGAAGAGUCUUCCAAGACUUGUGAAAAGAAGUCUGAUAUUGUACUCUUGCUGAGCCAAAAACAAGCCCUGGAAGAACUUAAGCAAACAGUUCAGCAAUUAAGAUGCUCUGAGGCAAAAUUUGCUGCCCAGAAAGAACUACUGGAACAAAAGGUUCAAGAAAAUGACGGGAAGGAGCCACCACCUGUAGUGAAUUAUGAAGAAGAUGCCCGAUCAGUGACUUCUAUGGACAAGAAGGAUAAAGUCUCAAGAUUUGACACUAUACGUCAUUCCAUAGCUGGAAUCAUAAGGUCUCCAAAAUCGAUGUUGGGCUCAUCAUCAUUCUUUGAUGUGAUUUCAACCACUGAGAAACCAUUGGCUGAUCAAGAAUGGUAUCAUGGCGCAAUUCCAAGAAUAGAAGCCCAGGAGCUGUUAAAACAGCAAGGAGACUUCUUGGUGCGAGAGAGCCACGGGAAACCUGGUGAAUAUGUCCUUUCUGUGUUUUCAGAUGGACAACGGAGACACUUUAUCAUACAGUAUGCUGAUAAUCAGUAUCGUUUUGAAGGAACUGGGUUUCCAACUAUUCCUCAGCUCAUAGAACAUCAUUACACAACAAAGCAAGUUAUUACAAAGAAAUCAGGUGUUGUUCUCCUGAAUCCUGUUGUUAAGGAUAAGAAAUGGGUUCUCAAUCACGAAGAUGUCACAUUGGGAGAAUUACUGGGCAAAGGUAAUUUUGGUGAGGUGUAUAAGGGAACAUUAAAGGAUAAAACUCCUGUUGCUGUAAAAACUUGUAAAGAAGAUCUUCCUCAGGAAUUGAAAAUAAAAUUUCUGUCAGAAGCCAGAAUACUCAAACAGUAUGAUCAUCCUAAUAUUGUAAAACUUAUAGGAGUUUGCACACAACGACAACCUAUAUAUAUUGUUAUGGAACUUGUUCCAGGAGGUGAUUUCCUGUCCUUUUUAAGAAAAAAGAAGGAUGAGCUAAAAACCAAACAAUUGGUAAAAUUUUCAUUAGAUGCUGCUUCUGGUAUGGCAUAUCUUGAAUCUAAAAAUUGUAUACAUAGAGACCUGGCUGCAAGGAACUGCUUGGUAGGAGAAAGCAACAUUUUGAAAAUAAGUGAUUUUGGGAUGUCCCGGCAAGAAGAUGAUGGCGUGUACUCAUCAUCAGGCCUAAAGCAGAUUCCUAUCAAGUGGACUGCUCCAGAAGCUCUCAAUUAUGGGAGAUACACAUCUGAGAGUGAUGUAUGGAGCUUUGGAAUUCUUUUGUGGGAGACCUUCAGUUUAGGAGUAUGUCCAUACCCUGGAAUGACCAAUCAACAAGCACGAGAACAAGUCGAGAAAGGCUACCGAAUGUCAGCACCCCAAAAAUGUCCAGAAGAAAUAUAUAAAAUAAUGCAGAGGUGCUGGGACUACAAACCAGAAAACCGUCCAAAAUUCAGUGAGAUUCAGAAAGACCUGUCUUCAAUCAAAAAGAAAGUGACAUAGUGAUAAACAAGUGCCAAACUCAAUGUAUAUGACUUUAUUUUCCAGUGAAAUAUUUUUUCCCUCAAACACUAUGCAUUUUUACUUUAUUUGCAAUAUUCUUUUACGAUUACUUUGAAAUUAUCUGUUUUUUUAUAUACAUGUGUACCAUCUCGAAUGAUGUCUGCAUCUGCAUUAACGAUACACACUGCAAAAUGCUAUAUAUCCAGACACAGUAAUACUGUUAUUUAGGUUACAUGUAAAUAGAAAAGCACAUACUAUAUAGAUUUAAGGGACUGUGGCUUCUAUCUGUUUUACAAGUAACUGCUAGUGACAUUUUUCAGAGGUUUUCUGCUUUAAGCUGUGUUCUCACUCUGCUAUCCCUGUCCUGUAUGUCAAGACCAGCAGCACUCUAGCGUGGUGACUGUCAUACAUGUUGGCCGUAAGACUGAAGACAGUUUUGACAAGUAUUUCAACUUGAAACUUUUAUAUUUUUUAAAUUCUUUCUAAUACUUUAAUAAUGAAGGUCAGUUAGAUUCUGGAUGCAAAUGUGCUUACUGAACAGUGAAAUCCAGAAUUUUCUUUUGUGGAAAAUAAAGUUAAUUACGCAUUUCUUACCACACUAUAGUAAAUACUUCUGACUUUCGAUGUGAUUUACUUAAGCCAUGCCUUUUCUUCCUACAAAGCCAUCAGAAUUCAGUAAUGUGUCUCCUUUACAAUGACCUAUGUUUAUUUAAGAAAUAAAAAAAUCCAGUAUCAAGUCUUGACUGCACAUGCUAGGAAAUGCUGCAAAUCAUCUGCCUUCCAAAUAUAUAAAAGCAUUAGGCCAACAGAAAGAGGUUUACUAAUGAUAGCAGCAGAUGAUCUUAGAGGAGUUAAAGAAUGUGAAUUGCUAGAUUUGCUUUUGAUCCUGAUUUUUUUCCUUAAAUUGAUAAUAAUUCUUAGAAUGCAGCUGGAGCCUACAGAAGUUUAUACUAAGCAAAAGUACAUUCCAUCCAUAGUGUCCAAAGGAAAAUACUACUUCUGUAUGGCAUAAGGAAAUUGUUCAAGAAAUGGAACUAAAGAACUAAGUUUAAAGCCUCUGACAGGUGGAGCAUGGCAGAGUAGAAAUACUAAUCUUCUAAAUUUUUAAAUAGUUGCGAUCAGAUUUCAAAACACUGGGGACAGGCAAGUUUUAAAUGUCACCAAGAAUAAAAAACUUGUUUAUAUUAAAAAAAUUCAGCCAGAAAAAAAACACAACUUAUUAGAUAGGGGAGGAAGGAAAGGCAGAGUUUAUUACUCUGUCUCUGGGUCCUCUUUGUAGCUGUAAUUAUUUUCUAGGGCCCUACAUAGAAACAGAAACAAGCUACAGUAUCCUGGUCUAAGUUCCAGAGUUAAGGUGCUUAAAAUUUUUCUAAGAAUUAACUUAUUUUUUUUUGGAUCAAGGGGAUACCAGUUGCUACUAAAGCAAGUAAGAAAUAGGGACUGUAAGCAGCACAGCCAUCUGGAAUGUUAAUUAACCCUAUAUUUUACUGUUAGAGUGGGAUUGAGAUGAAGUUGGUGACUACAUUACAUUUUUCUUUCUAUUAAGGUGACUUUUCUAUUAUUCACAACAUUUUUGCUCUCGGAAGUGUAUUUAUACUAUUACUGGUGGUAAUGUUUAAGGGCUAUUGUGUGACCAAAAUGUGUGUUGUCUAGAGUCUGUCUCUUACAUUGGAGUUAUUGUCCAAAUAAAACAGUGAAUGAUCGUGUUGGAGCACAUCACCUGCAUCUGAGGUGGAACUGUCAGCAUCCAAAUAUAAGGAAUGGUGAGUGCUUCUUGCAUUUCUUAAGUGAUUUUUUUCAUGGAGCUAAGGAAGCAUAUACAUACCCAUAAAGGCAUAGUGCUUGGAAAACUUGGCAGCAUACUGGAUAUAUUGACUUAGUUCUGUACUUCCAAGUAGCCUAAAGAUAUUUUUCAAGACCAGUGGGAAGCAUUCUUAUUAGAUUGUAUGCUUUUAAGAAGUACACAAAGUUUGUGCUUUAAUUUGCUGGUAGGCUAAUGCAAAUGCAAGUGUACUAAGAUCCAAGAAAUGUUCCACAAUAAUUUGGAAAAAUCCAAGGUUCAUCCAACUGCAGAUCCUUGUGUAUGCCUCACUGAAGUCUGCAAGUAAGGAUAACAGUGUCUCCUCUGUCAGCAUCCAUAGUUUCUCUGAAGAGUUAAUAUUCUUCUUCUAUGAAAGAGACGAACUGUAUCUUUGCUAUAUACCCUCUUGACAGCAAAGAAAUACUGUUUUAUUUUUAUAAAAUAAAAUACUGUUUUAUUUGUCUUAAAUGAACCCAUCACCAUCCUGACUCUCACUUAAAGAUAAAAAUUGCAUUCAUAUUUUAUUCUGAAAUAGUUAACAUUUGUAAUUCAUAUCACACUUCUAUUCAAAUACUUUCUAAAAAUGUGGGAUUUCUACAGCAACCAGAAAAAUUAUUGCUGAAGUAGGCAUCAGUUCAGUUCAAAAAUAGUAACUCUUUAGGAGAAUACCAGAAUGAGUUUAUAGGUGUAGAAUAAAUUUAAACACAGGUACAUGUCUCUUCAAUUAUUUAAACUAUUUUCUUAUCAUUAAUUUGGCAGUUUGUGGCAGAACUUGUUUAUCAUGUCUCACUUGUAAUUAUUGCAAUUAUAUAAUUUAGGAAGUGCAAUCCUUACCUGUAGAUACUUUUUUAAAGUUUUUGUAAACAUGUCACAAGGGAGUUCACAAACAAACCUGCCAUACAAUGACAUUUAAAAGAAAGAUAGGGUUUUCAAGAACCAAAGCUGCUUUAUUGCUUUCUGUGGACUUUAGAUGACUUGGUCUUGCAUUAUUCAUCGGUCAGCCAGAUACUGUGUCUAUCCCAGAGAACUUAGAAAAAAGUUAAGACUCAGUUUUGCAAGCUUAGUGUUUCAAAUAGGUUCUUACACCAGCACUGUCCCAACCAGGGACUCCCUGAGGGAAACCUGAAUUUUUUACACUGUUAAAUGAUAGAAACUCCGAGUACUGUUAAGGGUCGGGUAGAAGUACCUCAGCCUGUUACGUGAUGGAAUUUAACAGGUUAUCUGUUAUUUUCAUCUUUUUUCAAGGAACUACAUUCAUCAUUUUAAGAGAGAUUGUUUUGAGGGAAAAAAAUGCAUCUUACAUUUGUUUUCAGUAGAAAUUAAGCACAUGUUAGCUUCAGAGUUCAGUCAUCAGUGAAAUCAUGAGGAUUACUAAGCAUUUCAAUUCUAUGGCAAGUAGGGUAGUGAAAGUAUCUUGUCUGAAAACAAACCUUGCUUCAGCAAAGUGUGAUCUUGUGGAGUCAGCAUCCCACCAUGACAUUCUCUUCGACAUGUAAAUUUUCAUUAGUUUCUAAUGAACACAAUGAACUAGUUUUUUAUUUAGCAAAUACAGUUACAUUGUGUCUCUUAGCAAAAAUCUGCCUUUUGCAGAGUUGCCUAAUACUUUUAUUGGAAGUUGCUACUGGAACAUGCAGCACCAGAAGGCUAUCAGUAAGAACUGCAGUUUGUGAAGUAAGCCUGAUCUUAUUGAUGAGAAACAGAAAACUGGUAAAGGAAAUAUUAGGUUAUUCAUACUUAAAGUAUUUUUUAUCCAUGUCUUUGAGCACCUGUCAUGCUUACUCAAAUCGUACAAGCACAACAUUAAAACUUACUGCACAUCAUUAAAACUGACUGUGAAGUUAUCAAUUUUUUAUCUCUUAUAAAUAUUGUUAAUCCCUUUUGCACCCAUUGUAAAGAUACUAAAGAAAAAAACACUUUCCUGAGGUUGUAGAGUAACCAACUCUUGGAAGCAUUUGAAAAUGUCUCCCUCCUCCCCAAAUGUUCACAGAUCUGCUGCUGCACAGAUAUUAACAAUAGUAAUUAACUACUAGCCCUGUUUCCAUUAUCCUUGCUGUCAUAUCCUCUAAAUGGCAGUGCCACUGACGUGCUUGAAACAGUGCAAUAUUUGAAGACCUGAGUUAGUGUAUAAAUAGUGUCAUCAAACAUUAUAUUCAAGAGCAGUAGUUCUGAAAAUGGCUUGGAUUUGUAACGUUUUUAUGACAGAGCAUAAAAUAGUUUGCUGUUAAAAGAGAGUUCACCAAUUUUUUUUUUUUUUUUUUUUUUUUUUUUUUUUGCUAAAGCACGAAAGGACCUGUGAUACUGUUGAAAGCAUUCUUGCUAGGCAAAUCAGGAUAUGCGGAGGGAAAAAUACAGCUACUACCAACUGAGGUAUAUUCUCAGAAUCAUAUCCAUGCAGUCCUUCAGUUUCAGGAAUACAGGACUUGAAUUAGUAAUUAAAAAGUACAGGGCAAGCCCAGUAUUCCUGAAGUUCCAAACAACCAUGGGUUUUAUAAGAGUGAUCUGGUAAAUUUGGAACAUCAGCUCUUAAAAAUCUUGUCUUCUAACUUCGUUCCACAGAUUUAAUAUUAAAAAAAGCAGUCCUUAAACAAUUAUCACUAACAACUUACAAGAAAAAUGCAUCAACAUCAGAAACCUAUCAAGGUUCUUUAAGAGUAAUCCGAGUAAAGAAUAUUCUUUGCAAUCUUUUACUAGAAUUCCCCUAGGAUAGCUUUCCUUUUUAAAAAACUAUAAUUUAAAAAUAAUAGUUAAAAAAAAAAAAAAAGCUUAAAAACCUGAAAACUCUUAAGUUGAAACAGAAGAAUCCUUUCACUGGUCACAUUUUGAACAAUCGUUCAAGUAUUGCCACAAUUUCUUUCGUGAAACUGAUAAUACACCUGUGAUUUCCAGCUCUUACAUACUUUUCAGGCUUGCAUAUUAGUGCAUUGUUAACACCCAACUUUACUUUCAGACCAAGGAAUGGAUGACUCUGUCAUUUAAAAGUACAGCAAGUUCUGCCUGGUAUCUCCAACAUUUUCCUUAACUUUCACAUUCAGUUAUCAUUCUAUUCAUUACAAUAAGCACCACAUAGAACAGGAGCUGGAAGCUAGAAAUUGUCUUUAAAUAAGCAGCUAAUCCCCCUAAAUUUCACAGCUUUGACUCUAGAAGCCCACUUGGUUUUGGUUCUCUGUCAAAUAAGCAAAAGCAGUUUCUGUAUUUCAGCCUUACUACUGAUCUAUAAAACAGGAAGGUUCAGAGAUACGUUUACUGUUCUCUCCAAGGGAAUACUACCUUCACCAAUAACCGUAAGUUAUCCUUAUGUCCUUGUUAUGUCCCUCUGUCUCUUUGACAUAAAAUUCUGACUGAAAUGUAUCUCCGAGUAUAGAAUUUAGAUGUUAACUCUGAGUUGUUUCAUUUUCAGGAAGUUGUAUAUUAUUUGCUGUUUUCAAACACCAUUUUAUCGGAUAUCAUAUAGACAGGACUUAAAUUAGAAUUUUCAGAUGUUUUGGGGUUAUUUUUGUGAGAUAAAGGACUAAUUAGAUUGCUUGCUAGGUGCAUUGCUAUUUUGCAGCUGUUUCAGAUUAUACCUAUGAAAGAGUAGUUCAUUUAUAGAUCUCAGAUUAUGUAUGCCUUCUCUAAAUCAAAAACUGUUAGCCAUACUUACUAAAAAAAUUGAUAAAUAAAGCCUUCAAAUAUAGUUGAGGUCAUAAAGUGAAAACAUAAAAGAGAUGAACUACAUUCUUUCUUCCUCUAUCCUCCCAGAAUUGAAUGCUUUGCAAAUAAAACCUGCAAUAACUGAUUUUGUGUUUAUAGAUUAAUCUGACCUGUGAACCUGUACUUAGGACUCACAUUGCCACUAGAAAAGAAGGCUUGAAAAAAGUGUUACUAUUUGGAACUAUCAUCUAGUUUUAAAACUACAAGUGUUUAUAAUUUAAGUACAUAACUUAGGUUUUGUGAGUAUGGCAAGAGAGACAGCAUGUGCUUCUCCAUUGAAUUGAAACUUUUCAUCAGUUUAAGGCAGUUAUGCUUUUUAAAAGGAAAAUCAGAUUGAUCAGCAAUUCCUUGUAGAUUACACAUAUUGAAAGUAUGAGCCAGAAGUUUCCACCGCUAAAAAAAGAUACAGUCAACUUUUUUCUCAACAUGUAAGUUCCAUCAUUGUUAAAUGCAGUAGUAAUACGAAAUCCUUGGAUUACUGAUAUGUAAACUACUUUGCUCUGAUCUUUUGCUUCAAUUCUUAGAAAAUCUUUCUGCUCUUUAAAAAAGGGCUGCAGUAAGCUUACAGUUAUAGAUGAGCUCUGCUGUAAUGAUCUGACCUUUUUGCAUCUCCCAAACAUUUUCUGAUUCUGAUGGCUCCGUGUACCACAGAUGGUGCCUCAUUGCUUACUUCAAAAAAGUUACUCUUGUGACAGAAAAGUCCAAAUUUUUCCCUGCUUUUGUGUGAUUCAAAAAUACUGUAGUGGUUAUACCUUGUGGCAACGUGUUUGUAUGAAAUUUGAAGUAAUGGUGAAUCAGUGUGAAGCACGUUGUUCUAACCAUGUUUUUGAUGAAGUUACAAACCCUGAAAUAUAUCAUGAAUUGUCCAUGUUGUAAAAGACAUCAGAAAAACAACAUUCCUGACUGCCUAAUUUACAAUAGGUGCUAUUGUAUCCUGCCCCUACUAGGGAACAAUAUAAAGCUAAAUAUGUUCAUUCAAAAAGAAAUUAUUUUGCUGUCAGACCAAAUCCAAACAGUAUCUUUAAAAUUAACAGCAGUGACUUAAUUCCAACCAAGCCAUGUUGUAACCUUCCUUCUUCUUAACAGACCUGUCCAAAUACUGUUAACUUUCAUUAUUGUCAUCCAUUUUGCUGUUAGAAAUUUGACUUCUGUAUAUCAUAUAACAUUUACUUAUACUGAUAAUUAUAGCCCCACCACCAGCAUGUAGUGCUGAGACUUUCAACUUCAGAAGAUAAGCAUUGCUAGGUCACUAGAAGUCUACAGGGAACUGGUCUUUCACUAGGUCUCUGAGGUGGUACAGCUUAAUGCAUUUUAAAUACCACUAAAGUAAUCAUUUCAAUUAAAAACUGUUACACAGUUUGAACAGCAGUAUUCCUUGCUAAAGAUAUCUCUGCAAUAGUAAUACUUGUAUUUGUCUUCAACUCAACAGGAAGGUAGAACUGUACCUUCCUUCCUCUCUAGUUUAUCAGGGAAGGGAACUGAUAGGUUCAAGCAGCCAAUUCACGUGCUGUCAGUGAUUCUGAUACAUAGUGUGGAUGCAGCCAGGAUGCCAUAGAGAAGAUCUUGCAGUCUGCAUGGCCCCUUUUGAUAACUGCAAGUAACUAAUAAAUCCACUGGAGUCUGGAAGUUUCCUAUAUCUUAGAGUGUGGCUAAUUCUGUAAAACACCUGAAGUUGUGAUGCUUAAGGAGAAACAGUGACAUUUUUUGCUUUCUCACAAAAUGCAGAAAUGCAAUAUACAGUGGGCAGUCUCUGCACUUUUUUACUUCCACCUGCUUGGUCACGUCACAGAUUCAAAGUCUUCAGUAGAUGGAGCAACUAGAAAACCAUAUGUGUUUCUGCUGUUAAUUGUAUAAUUACCUGCAACUGACAAUUUAACCUUUUUUUUUUUUUUUUUUUUUUCCACCUAAUUUUCACUAAAAUGCUAAAAACGUAAUAGGAAAAACUGAUGAUGCAGGCUCAUCACAGAGGACACAAAAGACAAGCAGACUCCUACAAAGAAAUUUUGAGGACUGAAAUUCAACAAUAAACACCUCUCUUGUCCCUUCUAUUAAAGGAGUGCAUAGUUAUAUGAAUGUUCAAAUGACUUCCAGAGAUGAAACUUGGACUAAGAUUGGCAGGACUGCUGUUCUUUCAGUUGCAUGUGUUACUUUUCCUUUGUGUAAUUGUAGGCAUCUGGAGACAGAGGAGGGAUGUUAGGGAAGAGAGGUUGUUUCAGUGACCUGGUCGCAUAGGCAGGACUUUUGACACCAGUAACCUUGAGUGGGGCAGAGAUACCAUUUGCUGAUGUGUCCAGAUUUCUACUCAAUUUUGUGCCAAAGUAUGCACCAGCAAGAUUAAUAUCAGGUAAAGCACCUUUUAUACUCUUUGUUGUUUAAAAAUAAUAUAUCUGUGAAACAGAUCAAUAAUACUUAACACUGGAAAUGGGUGCUUUUUCCAAAAAGUACACAUGUAAAAAAAAGGAACCAACAUUUGUGAGUUUAUCUGGCUUUUGAGCAAGUCUGAAAAUUACAACUAUGUAAUACGGUUGCGAGUUGUCUUUCCUUUAUAAUUUUAAAUAGUUCUGCAUUUUAAUAUUAUUUAUUUGCCAAUUUUUUAUAUACUUUACACUUUUGAACUUAAGCUAACUUUAUUUUCUUAGGCUGUUACAAAACAGAAUUGCAGUAUUCUUGUAAACUGCAGACCUUUUCUGAAUAGUCCUUUGUCUUUUCUUGUGGACCAGUUACCACUUGUGAGUCUUCAGUCCCCUUUUUACUGUACU